AUGGCAAAAAAGAUGUUCUUUUAUUUAAUGAAUUUAAGCCGACAAAUGUUCAUUAAGGAAGAAGUUCCGGUUCUACCCGAAUCAACUCCUGAAAAUGAACGCUUCAUUGUGAUUGAGGCUUGGAAGCACUCGGAUUUUUUGUGUAAGAACUAUAUACUUAGCGGACUGAAGGGUGAUCUUUACAACGUCUAUAGUAAUGUGGGAACUUCGAAAGAACUAUCUGAUGCGUUGGAAAAGAAAUAUAAAACUGAGGAUGAUAGAUUAAAGAAGUUUAUAGCCGUCAAGUUCCUGGACUACAAAAUGGUAGAUGGUUUGGUGAUUAGUGGCGCGUUUCAAGUUGCGACAAUAAUAGAGAAGUUUCCUCCUUUAUGGAAGGACUUCAAAAAUUACUUGAAAUACAAACGAAAGGAGAUGACGCUAGAAGAUCUCAUUAUUCGGUUGAGAAUCGAGGAAGAUAACCAUGCAGCAGAAAAGAAGGCCAAUGGGAGAUUAGCAAUAGGGGGAGCACAUAUUGUUGAAACUGCUCCAACUAAUCCUAAAAAAAAGGAAAAAGGCGUCAGGACCAAGGAACUAUCCCGACAAGAAGAGAUUCAAGGGAAACUGCCACAAUUAUGGAAAAAUCAGACACAAAACAGCAAAUCGUCGUGCUCCGAAGAAGGAAAAGAAAAAGGGUCAAGCUAA